AUGGCCGUUCGGAAUGUGUAUACAUCACGCGACGAACGAUUAAUGUGGGAACACAUCUUUAAGAAGCUGCAGGAGGGAGAUGAAGCUGCUUAUCAACCAAAGGGUUUAAAGUUAUGGAAAACUUUUGAAGCCACUCAGAAAACCAACAAAACCGCCUCAUCACUUGCUACACAUUUUCGUAAAGCAAUGUACGAUCAUAUCGAAGAAGCCAAGAUACCAGUGGAGCAACAGUUAUACAUCGCAAGUCAACUCAACCUAAAACUGUCGAGGCGCCAGCAAAAAACAAUCGAAUACAAAGAAAAUAUUUCAAUCACUGUAGAUGGUUGCGGUUUCGUGACUGCAUAUGAAAAGGAAGGUAAACAGUAUCUUCCAUCUCUACUUAAGAAAGGAACUUUAUGCGAAGACAAUAAUAUAAAUGAUGAACUAGGUUACGACGCAUUUGAACUAAAUGGAUCGAUGCGGAAAAUUCCAAAACUCUCACAAAGCUUCGACAGAAGCUCUGCGUCAUUAGGAAAGUACAGCCUGCGAAAGCGACUCAACGUCGGAAAUAAUAGAUCACCGGCAAUUCGUAAUUCAAAAGAAGUCGAAGCUGUGGACUUGAUGCUGGAUAACGAUCACAAUGAUAACCGAAAUGAAGAAUUCCAUGGUGGCGGUAAUCAGAAUGAGAUAUCCUGCGUUGGGCAGAUGUUGGAUGACGGGAACGGGAAUGUAAGUGAACAAAAAAAAGUAUGCGAGAAUGCAGAAACAAUUACAUAUGAAAAGCAGUUCUCUUCAAACAAAACUGACGAUCAGGAAACAAGCAAAAGCAGGAGGGUGCUUUGCGUAGCAGAUGGUUCUCAUAAUAGUUCAAAGGAAACUGAGAUGAAUAUAUUUUUCUCUAAGAAUGAAAUUUGUAACUUUCAAAGCGAAGCAUUAGGAAAUCAAGCUGAAUGUGAAACAGCAGAGUCAGAAUCUGGUAUGAGUCAGUGUAUAGAAGUCGUUGACAAUAUAAAAAAUUUGGCCGUACAUAACGAUCAGUUUGAUAUGAAAAUGAUGUCAAACGAAAUAUCCAAAAGUGUUGCGUGCAAUAGCACAUCAAUACAAACCACAACCCUUAUGAAGGGGAGAGAAGAACUAUUGGCCGAAAGUAUUAUUGAUGAAGAACUGAAGCAGUUACUUGCUUUUAUUUCAAAUAAACGACAACUCAGGGGUGUUGAGAAAAUGAAAACAGAAAAAAUACUGGAAUUGCGUGCUAAGGAAGCCAAACAACUUGGAAUUGGUUUGAGAAGUUAUCUCAGAAAAAUGCGACAGCAGAUGAUUUAG